GGGGGCGGUACUGGGGUGUUAGGGGCGGUGUUUGCGGGACUAGAAGACAGGGAAAAGCGAUGAGAGUGUAACAGAGGAAAGGACACGGGAGGUUUGUUGCUGGGUUCCAGCAGGAGGUGGGGGGACUCGCAGCAGAACAGCUUAGUUCGCAGUGAGAGAGCCGUUUAGCCGGGAGUCCUGGUGCGGGGGAGUCGCGCUGCGGGAAAGCACAGAGCCGCUUUAUCAUAGUGGCCGAGGUUUGUUGGCUGCCAUUAAAGUCAUCGCAGCAUCACAUAUUGGGCAAAGCGGAGGAGACAGCCAUGAAGCCCAGUGAAGGAGCCGGGAGGAGCGCUCUCCUUACCGAUAGAGACGGGGAGAAGGGAGCGCUCCAUGCCCUGCCCGCUGGCGGAGAGGCGGCUGAGGACCCCUGGAAGGAAUGCAUGGAGACGGCUGUGCAGCUAGCCCUCCGAGCCGGACAGGUCAUAAAGAAAGCUCUAACUGAAGAAAAAAGGGUCUCAACCAAAACAUCUGUGGUGGAUCUAGUAACGGAGACUGAUCACUUUGUGGAAGAGCUAAUUAUUUCAGCUCUAAGAGAGAAGUUUCCCUUACACAGGUUUAUUGGAGAAGAAUCUACGUCUGCAGGUUCUAAAUGCGUGCUUACUGACAGCCCCACCUGGAUUAUUGAUCCUAUCGAUGGAACAUGUAACUUUGUACACAGGUUUCCUCCAGUUGCCGUUAGCAUUGGAUUUGCUGUCAAUCGAGAGCUUGAAUUUGGCGUCAUUUAUCAUUGCACAAAUGGAAACAUGUAUACUGGAAGAAAAGGUCAUGGUGCUUUUUGCAAUGAAGAGAGGCUUCAUGUGACAAAUGAAACUGGUAUAAGAAAUGCUUUAAUUUUAACGGAAAUUGGCCCAAAACGUGAUCCAGCAACCUUAAAAUUAUUCUUGGGCAACAUGGAAAAAUUGCUUAAAUUUCAGGCUCAUGGGAUUCGUGUGAUUGGAAGUUCCACCUUGGCUCUGUGUCACAUUGCAUCAGGUGCUGCAGAUGCUUAUUACCAAUAUGGCCUCCAUUGCUGGGAUUUGGCUGCCGCAACUGUUAUAAUUAGAGAAGCUGGUGGAGUUGUGAUAGAUACUACAGGAGGACCUCUGGAUCUUAUGUCAUGUCGAGUGGUAGCAGCUGGAACAACGGAACUAGCACAGAGUAUAGCACAGGAGUUACAGACUAUUGACUACGGCCGAGAUGAUGAUAACUGAUCUUUCAUAUUCUUAACAAUAUCAUGGUUCUUUCAGAGAAUGGCACCUGAGUAUGAUUGUGCAAUAGGUAUUUUAAUAGCUUAUCUUGGUAGAACAAGGAAUGUAGAGGCUUUUUGGUUAAAAUGCAGCUGUUAAUAUGAAACGUUAGGGGGGUGGGUUGUUGUGUUUUUUUGUUUUAACUUUUUUUUUUUUUUUUAAUUUUGGAUGUGUUUCAGAGGUAAUUUUUAAGUCUUUAUAUAUGACCUAACUGUUUUCACAACUGUCUUGGAGUUUGUUUUGUGAAGUAUGCAGCUUAAAUUAAACUUUAUUUUUUCACUACCUCAUAUUCCUGAUUAACAGUUAUAUUGAGGUGCUACACAAGA